CCAGACAAGGUCGGACUCCCAAUUGAACUGAAUUCAUUCUUCCAUUCAAUUCCCUAACUUUGAACUCUCUCUGAUCGUAUAGAGAGACUCCGAGAGAGAUUAGAGAUGUUGGGUUCGGGCAAGAAUUCGAUAUUGCCGGUGUCGGAUCCUCCGAGUGACCAGGAGAGAGAGAGACUCAUUGGAGCUGACGACGAUGAGAAGUUCUUCAGAGGAUCCGCCAUGACCAGACGUGGAGCCUACGCUGCCAUCUCUUACAUGGCUUGCGCAGUGCUGUUGGUGAUGUUCAACAAGGCAGCUCUGUCUUCUUAUAAAUUUCCAAGUGCAAACGUUAUCACACUCUUUCAGAUUAUAUGUUCGUGUAGUUUUCUCUACACCUUGAGACGGUGGAACAUGAUUUCUUUCACAGUAGGUGAAUCUUCGAUCAUUUAUGACGACAACGCCACUACACUUGUACCAUUAAAGACAUUGAAGAAAACCCUUCCUCUUGCAGGAGCCUAUUUGAUGUACAUGCUAGCCUCCAUGGAGUCUGUCCGCGGGGUAAAUGUUCCCAUGUACACCACCCUUAGGAGGACUACUGUAGUAUUUACAAUGGUUAUGGAGUAUAUUUUGGCUGGGCAGAGAUAUACAUCUCCUAUUGUUCGAAGUGUCGGUGUGAUUGUUCUUGGUGCAUUUGUUGCUGGAUCUCGGGAUUUUUCAUUUGAUGCCUAUGGCUAUGGUGUUGUUUUCUUAUCCAACAUCACGACAGCAGUAUAUCUUGCAACCAUAGCCCGUAUUGGGAAAUCCAGUGGCCUUAAUAGUUUUGGCCUCAUGUGGUGUAAUGGAUUCAUAUGCGGACCAGUUUUGCUGUUUUUGACUUUUAUUCGUGGUGACUUGAAGACAACAAUCGACUUUCCUUAUCUCCUUUCACCUGGUUUUAUGGCGGUCUUGCUUUGUUCCUGUAUACUGGCAUUCUUCUUGAACUACAGCAUAUUCCUCAACACAACUCUAAAUUCAGCUCUUACGCAGACAAUUUGCGGUAACUUGAAGGAUUUUUUUACCAUCGGACUUGGUUGGAUGCUAUUCGGUGGCCUUCGAUUUGAUAUCUUGAAUGUUAUCGGUCAAUUUCUCGGUUUCCUUGGCUCGGGGUUGUAUGCCUACUACAAGCUCAUAGGGAAGUAACAUAUUCAACAAAUGUCUACUUCUCACACCUGAAGACGAUUAGUUGCUGCCCUUGUUUGCCCCGCCAAUUUUGGUUUUGUGAUUGUCGGGCUCUCGGAGUGAGAUGUGCAGCGUUAGGACCGGAGACAUCCGCGCGGUGGUGGAUUUAACUGUUAACUGGAAAUGAAGCCUGCUUCUUUUCCGUGUAUGUAUUCUUCUAUACCGAUCAGUAGGUGUUAGAAACCACGGCUGCACAAUUUGGCAUUGCCGGCUGCUUGGCGAUGUAAUUUGUUUGAGCUUUGGCAUUGUAUACGAUGAAUAUUCUCCUUUUUUCCCAUAUUUUCAGUCACAUACGCUCAAAUUUUGAAGCGACGGCGCGAAAAAAUUUAUGAAACGCAAAAUGUAGUUUCGUAUAUACUCUUAA